AUGCAAUCAAACAAUUCCUCCUCAUCGAGCAAGUCCAGCAUGGACUCACCCCUCGAAGUGCCUCUCCUCCCCCACGAGCGCCUUCAACCCCCUUCAUCGCCGCACCUUACGCCCCUCCGCCCAGCCCGCCACUUGCCCCUUGACUCGAAUGACUCGAGCGACUCCAAGUCUUCAGGAUCGUUCCCCUUCCCCGACAUGAAACAAUCUGAUAGACCUAGCUCUUCAAGCUACGACAGCAACGAGACCAUCGGCAUCCCUCUUCUCCCACACGAGCAGCUCACCUCGCCCUGGGCCUCCAUGUCGUCCUCGGGAUCCCCAUCAUCAUCGUCGACUUCGACGACGAAGAGGACACGGAUGCGUAAAAACAGGCAUCGCCCCAACCCCCUUCUCCUCGAGCGAGUGCAGCAUGCACAACAUGCACCUAUGCUGGAGCCUGAAACCCAGUAUGAACAAGGUUCGUGGUUCCCUCCUUCCUCCCCCUCCUGCUCUCCCACUGGUACUACUACCACCAUCCUUCCACCUGACCAUCAGCGCCAUCGUGGAGAGUUCUGUGCCUCGCCCGAGCCAAUGACUCCCGCCGAAGAUCAGGUACGUCGUUCACUCCGUCCGUUGUUUGACAUGGAAAUUUUCGGUAACAAAGCGAGUGAUCAAGGAUUCGGUGCCUGCGCGAACAAUGAAAGCGAGACGGACAUCAUCGCCAGUCUUGAAGAGGGGUACUUGCCACCCACACUAAAGACUCAGACCCAUGACGAGGAAGAGUACACAAUGAAGAGGAGUGAGAGUCUUGUUUCGUUCAAGGAUCUCCAUAUUCCUGAACCAAAGGCUCCGGCUUCGAUGGUGAUCACGACUCUCAAGAGGCGAGUGAGUUAUGCCUGCGAGACUGCCACCGAGUUGGUUAAAGGCUCCCGGGCGGCGGCUACGACCAGUGCUUUUGUAGGGGAUGUUUUCGAAUACCUGAUCAAGAAGGGCUUUUAG